ACCGUGCGCCUCCGGGAGCCCGCCGUGGACGUCUGCCUCAGUAAGGCAAAUGCUAGCAAUUUAAAGAAUUUCCUUUCAGCUGUGAGACUGGCUCACCAAGGGACCGACAUAGGAGCUCUCCCGCUCUCAGCUUUGGUACCAGCAAAGACCUCAGAAGUUGAAAAACCUAAGACAAAAAUGAUCAUAACUUCAAGAAGGGACUAUCCUCUCACCAAAAACUUUCCUUACUCCCUCGAACAUCUCCAAGCCUCGUACUGCAAACUUGCUCGGAUUGACAUGCGUGUGCUUUGUUUGAAGAAACUCCGAAAACUAGACUUAAGUCAUAAUCAUAUUAAGCAGCUGCCAGCUACUAUUGGUGACCUGAUCUGCCUUCAGGAGCUUAAUUUGCACGACAAUCACCUGGAGUCGUUCAGUGGGGCUCUGUGCAACUCCACCCUUCAGAAAUCUCUUCAGUUCUUGGACCUCAGCCAAAACAAAAUUAAAGCGCUUCCAAUUCAGUUUUGCCAGCUGCGAGAACUUGUUAAUUUAAAGCUCGAUGACAAUGAGUUGAUUAGGUUGCCAUUCAAGAUUGGCCAGUUAGAUCAUCUACGCUUUCUGUCAGCAGCUCGAAACAAACUUCCUUUCUUGCCCAGUGAUUUUAGGAAACUCUGUCUUGAGAACUUGGAUCUCUUUGGAAAUCCUUUUGAACAGCCUAAUCCGCUUGUUCCCAACAUACAACUGAAAAUACCAUUGACUUUAUUAGAGUGUGCUGCAAGAGCAACCAUAAAUUACAGAAUCCCUUAUGGUUGUCAUCUCCUUCCUUCUCACCUUUGUGAAGAUCUGGAAGUGGCUAAAACAUGCCAGUGCGGAAGUGCCUGUCUGAGCAGCUUCAUUCAGAUCACGGUGACCAUGAAUCUCCAUCACGUAGCUCACACCGUGGUCCUCGUGGAUAACAUGGGAGGUACGGAAGCACCCAUCAUCUGCUACUUCUGUUCUCUAGACUGCUAUUCCCAGUUCCUGGAUAGGUACCUGCAGAGUAACGGUAUUUGCAAAGCAGUAACUUGUAAGCAACUACAGGAAGAUUUGGAUGAGUCAUUCCUCUAUGUUGCUCUUCAACUACAGAGAACUUGUGAAGGAGGAAGCCAAAGGGGUGAGGAGCCGGGGCAGCAGCAGCAGCAGCGGCGGCGUUGCCAGAGCGGCUGCUGCAGCGCUCCGUGCCUGCGCUCUGCCGAGCUGGCGCUGCCUGCUGUCAGCCAGCCAGGAGGUGGCGAAAGAGCCAAGAGCCAAAGCCGUUCUUCAGAGUUAGCCGCCACCAUCCCCAAACUUGGCUCAGGGAUGGCCGUCAGGUUUGUAAAGCUUUUUGAAGCAAAACUGGCACAAUUUCUGCGAGCACAGAGCGGAGCCACGGGGCAUAGAGCUCUCCUCUUCCUGCGGGUCCCGAGGACCUGCGUGGGUGACGGUGUCCGACCCUCGGGAGCACCCACGCCCUGGCACCAUGCACGGAAACGUCACCAAAUGUCGCAACUGGCCGGUGCCCACCGAGGAGAGGGGCUGGGACACAAAGAAUUACAAGAGUAA